AUGAGGAAGGAUCAAAACAGUCAUCGGUUUUUAUGGCGUGAUCUUAGUAUCAACGAUGUUCCAAAGACGUACUGUAUGACCCGAGUGACUUUUGGAAAUACCUCUUCCCCAUUCCUCUCCAUCGGUACAGUUCAGAAGCAUGCUAAAAUUAAUGAAGAUAUUUACCCGAAGGCUACCGAAGAAAUUUUGGAGAAUAUGUAUGUGGAUGAUCUACUUUCGGGGUCCCACGAUGAUCAAAGUACAAUUCAAUUACAGGAGGAGUUGUUGAAGUUAAUGCACUCAGGAGGAUUUCAUCUUACGAAGUGGGCAUCAAAUUCAAAAACAGUGAUGGAGUGUUUUCCUCUAGAAGAUAGAGCACCAAAUUUCCUUAUCACCCCUAAUACCUAUGAUUCCGAGAAAUUAUCAGAUCUAUUAAAAGCAUUAGGAAUUUCAUGGAACACUGUAAAAGAUGUGUUUUUCUACCAAGCUGGAUCAGCCAUUGCGAAUGAACCGGAUCCAAUGACCAAACGAAGUCUAAUUAGCCUGUAUGCAAGAUUGUUUGAUCCAAUGGGAUUUGUGUCACCAUUCCUCAUGCGGCCGAAGUUAUUAUUUCAAGAGUUAUGGGCGCGAGGUAAAGAUUGGGAUGAUCCAUUGGACGAUGACAUUGCAAAAGAAUGGAAUGAUUGGAAACAUGAGUUAAGUGAGCUAGAAAAUGUCGAAAUUCCGAGAUGUCUAUUACCUAAAGAAAACGACGUUAAGAAAAUUGAACUCCACGGGUUUGGAGAUGCAAAGCUUCUUGCAGCAUAUGUCACAGCAAAAUUGAUCGAUUACGUCAUCAAAGCUCUCAGAAUACCUGUGCAUGAAGUGUACGCUUGGUCCGACAGUCAGGUGGUCUUGAGUUGGAUUCGAAAAUCAAGUAAUAAUUGGAAAGUCUUUGUGGCCAAUCGAGUCCAAGAUAUACAGCAGAGAGUCGAGCCAGAGAGAUGGCAUUACUGUACGGGAAAUGAAAAUCCAGCCGAUCUCGUCUCCAGAGGUAUAUCUAUACAGGACUUGUUAACAAAUGAACUUUGGUGGCACGGUCCUUCGUGGCUUCAGCAAGAUACGAUAAAUUGGCCUCAAAAGAGCUCGUCUGAUGAAAAUCCAAACGAAUGUUUCUCCGAAGCGAAAACAAAAGCUAACGCUAUUACCUGUAAUGUUAGGAUUCAAGAAAUUGCAAGUUAUCCCGAAAUAGCAGCCAAAUAUGAAAGCUGGAAACGUCUGAUCCGAAUCACUGCUUGGAUAAUGAAGUGGUCACUGGAGGUCGGAGAGAAAUCAAGAGAAUACUGA